GAUGUAUCUUUGGUGCACAUACUUUUGUGCUGCAACAGCUGCUCAUUUCUGCGCAAGCUGUCCGGGUGGUGAAUUGUGAUGGGAAGAAAGAUUUUCGGUAAAUCGGCAUCAAGACUGUACAUUGUGCCUCGUGUAUCGUUACUGUCAACCCUCCAUUGCACAUAACACAGAUGGAGUACAGAAGAAUGACGAGUCGCUACCCGUUAUAGCUACUAUUCCCAUCUGGGCGGAAAAAACAUCCGGUUGCCUGAGCUGGAGGUGCAGAGGUGUCGGCAGCCGCAGCCGGUCCGUGGUCGGCCGCCGGCGACAUGACGCGGGUGCGGGAGUGGGGGCUGCAGGACCGGCCGCUCAACACGGUGCACUUCGAGUCACCGUCGCACACGGGCACGCUGCUUUGCGGGCUCAACACGCUGCGCUCCAAGGGGUUGCUGCUCGACGUCACCCUCGUCGCAGAGGGCGAAGCCUUCCAGGCACACAGAGUGGUACUUGCAUCAUGUAGUGACUAUUUUCGUGCCAUGUUUACGGAUGCAAUGAGAGAGUCCCGCCAGAGUGAAAUUUGUCUGAACGGUGUGACUGCAGCAGGAAUGCGCCUGCUACUGGACUAUGCUUACACAUCACGUCUGGCCCUCAACCUGGCAAACAUUCAGGAUGUGUUGUCGGCAGCAAGUCAUGUUCAGGUUGUCGCAGUAGUUGAGGCGUGUUCCAGUUAUCUUCAGACUCAGCUUGAUUUGGAGAACUGCGUGGACAUAGCAACAAUUGCUGAAACUUAUUCGCUCUCACAACUGAGGCGACGUGUGUAUCGGUUCAUGAGCAGUCAUCUUCGUGAGUUUUCACGAACUCAGGACUUCCAGAGGUUAUCCCCUAUGCAACUGGAAUAUCUUUUGGGCUGUGAUUUUCCUGUAGACUGCCCUGAAGCUGAGGUGCUCCGUAUUGUUCUUCGGUGGCUUUCAACUUUGCCCGCCCCCACCACUGCGGAUAGCUGUGUGCAGCAGAGACUUCCAUAUGCCCAACGUAUCCUAAGACGAGUACACUUCACUGAAAUCACCCCUUGGGAUCUGGAUACAGUUCUUUCUCACUCGCAUAUGGAUCAGACAUUGUAUAGACAGGUUCUGGCUGAGACGUGCCGACAGAAUCGUCCAAGGACUCUCAAGUUACCUAUCCCCUCCAGUACCUCCUUGAUUAACUCCAGGGGAAUGGAAUUGGCUGUUGUAAAGGUUGGUGGCUUCGGUAUUGCAGGCAUCACCAAUGAGAUUACAUAUUUUCUUCCAAGUGUUUCAAAGUGGCGUCACCUUACUUCGAUUCCUCAUGUUGAGCAGUGUAAUUACGGAACAGCUGUGCUAGACAAUGAGCUAUAUGUUGUUGGAGGUUGCUUUAAUCAGUCUCUUCAGGAGAAUAUUCAUCCAUUUGGCUUCCGCUAUAGUCCACGUUACAACAAAUGGACAACAAUGGCACCCAUGCAGAGAGAGAGAUGUCGAUUCUCACUGAAUGUUGUACGUGGACGCCUGUAUGCCAUAGGAGGAGCAAGUGAAGUUGAUGAUCCAGAUGAUGAAGAAGAAGUGAGUGCCUGUGAAUGUUAUGAUCCACAGACUGACAGCUGGGAGUCAAUUCGGCCCCUUCCUGGUCACCGUAGCCAACAUGCAGGUGCUGCAAUGCCUGGAGAAUCACUGUACAUUUCUGGAGGGCUGGACCGGGACCUCGUUCUGAGCUCAAUGCUCCGUUACGAUGCCGUGACUGAUCUGUGGCAACAGCGGGCUCCCAUGUUGACACCACGUGCAGAUCAUGUAAUGCUUGUUCUUGGGGAGCGUCUUUAUGUUUGUGGUGGUUGGUUUGAGGAUGCUGACACAGGAAAUAGAGUUCUGUGUGAGACUAUUGAUGUUUAUGAUGUAAGUGCUAACACAUGGGACGUGGUAACAACUGUGCCUACACCAAGGUACCAUGCUGGAAUUGUCGGUGUUGGCUCAAAAAUUUAUUUCAUUGGAGGAUUUCACAGUGAUGCCAUGUUCGAUCGUGCUACAGCUAUUGAAUGUUAUGAUCUGGAGACAGACACAUGGACAACAGGCGAAAAGUACCCUCAGGAUAUAUGGGAACAUACCUGUGUAACUUUAUAUAUUCCACGAUGCCGUGACGACAUGGAAGUUAUGGCAACUAAUGAUAGUAGAGUUUGAAGUUUCUACACUAAUGUGCAAUAUUUGCUGCCGUUUAAAUGUACAAGA